AGAGACACUAGAGUAAGAGAUGGAGUUUCCAUUUGUCCAGAGCAGAUUUCAUUAGAUUAGUUAGAAUAUAGAUCUUCUCUUCAACGAAAUUGAUAUGAAAAAAACUGAUACAUUUAGUUUUGGACCUUGGAAAAUAACUACUGCGAAAGGAGCCAUUUUAAAAGCAGGAGAUGUUGACAGGUAAACUUAAGCUUAAAACAUACGCUUGACAACAUUAAAUUUUGUCAGUGUUGUAAUCUUGUACAGUUACUUGACAUCUCUCUGGGUGUGGGUGCGCUCCAUUUUUAACUUGAAGGGUUAAUACUUUUUCGUCAGCAACACUGCAAAACAUAUGCAAAGGGUCUAUAUUUGCCCAUCUUCUUUAAAGAAAAAAUCUAAACCCCCUUAUUCAAAAAACUCACCACCCUAAAGGGGGCUGGUGGUUAAAAAGUGUAAGGUUAUGUGAUCUGAUAGGUAUUAGAAAUAAAAUAAUAACUGGAAAUCGCCAUAAAUAGGCCUUCCAAGAGCCAGUAGACUCUACAAACAAAAUGGUCCCGAAAUCUGGUAAUGAUCUUGUCACAAAGCACCAACAAGAGACAGAAACAGCUUAAUGAAUUGUGACAGCGGCAAUCAUUUUUAUAUGAAGGGAAAGCAACAAUCUGCUCAGUUUUGUGGUUGAACUGUUUCAGCUGCAAAAUAUUAAUAAAAAUCUCCCCUCUCCGGACCAGCAGGGAAAAUUUCAUACUAGCAAAUGCAGCAGUGCCAUUUUUUCUUAACCUACCAGGUAAGUACAGGCAGUCUCAGAAAUGACUAACAAAGUGACUGCAUAACCCUUAAGAAGGCCUCCAUUAAAGGCCAAAAUGCUGGUUGUACAGGUUACCUGUAAUAAUCAUUAAUAUCCACUUCGUCUCUGGUACUAUGAUUAGCCUGUGCUAUUGGCAAUUAACUGAUUGAACAUAUUACUCCUAUACGUGCAAUAGUAGAAACUGUAGGGGUCAGCUGUUCUGAUGGUUGCGUGAUGAGAAGAUUAAAGUAGGGCAUAUGUCCAAGAUCCUCAAGGGAGGCUGGUGGGGUGUACUGUAUGAUUGAUAAGUGGAGUAACCGUAAACUAUUAAACCCUGCCCUAGUUUUACAUGCAGUAAGGCUGUCAUUAAAAUUUAAUUGCUGUACAACACUUUAUGAUUUAAUCACUCCUCAAAUUUUUAUUGACAUAGGUCAGAAAAGGACGGUGAAUGUUAGGGCCUGUGACCAAUAUUUUAUUUAUAAUUAAGAACAAUCACCUUAUAGCUGCUAUUGGCUUUAAAGGUAAUUUACUUUAUUAUUAUUUUUUCUAUUAAUCAUGUGUAGAAUCUCUGCUGAACUUGAGCUUCCCUCCCUUCCUGAAAUGGUGUUUGGCGACAACAUUCUGCAGAUCGAUCACAGUGCAGGGUUUGGAAUUCAGUUCAAUGCAAUAGAUGCACUUAAACGUGUGGAUAACAGACAUGACCUUAUGAAAGUUGCUGUAGCAGAAGAGUGGCAGAGUAAAAGGUAAUAGAGAGGAGAAGUUGUUAUGUCACAUUGCUAUGGUAGCAAAAUUUCUGGAUCUCAACAAGCCAUGAUCCUGCAAAUAUGGCAGAAAAACAUGAAGUGUUUGACUUGUAUGACUUUCCUGUGCAUGAUUGAACUCAGGCACAAAGUGGUAGCCCGUACAAUGUACUUUUCUUCAUCAUUUGGCAAAUUAUGCAAAUAACCAUCUCUGUCAAGAAAGAUUGUUAAGAUCCAUGAGUUUUGCUUCCAUGGUAAUGGGACAUCACACUUCUCCUCUUAUUCCUAUGAGAGGUCUACUGCAAAUUAAAAUGUGAACUGAAGAUAUGUUCUUGUAUUAUUUUUCAAUCCCGAUUGUAAUGCACCAUUUAUCAUCUUUUUUGACAAUGCCACUGAUUAAGUUGUGGAGCAACAACUUAUUAACAGUGUACUACAGUAUACCGAGUUUAAGGUGAUGUACUCUUUGACAGCUUGUUAUGGUUCACAUUUCUCCAUGGUUUGCAAAUUUUAUCUACCCUAAUAUGCCUUUAAAUCAAAUUAUAUUAAUAAGAAAAUAUUUUAUAAAACAUUUCAUUGCAUUUUAUUUUUGUGUAGCAUACAUUAUUUGCAGGUAUUUGCAGUUUUUGGCUCUUGCAUGCUUUUAUUUUCAGGGCCUCAAAGCUAUUUACACAUGCUUUCUGAGAAUUACAGAUUUGUUUGUUUGUUUUUUCAUUUAUCCUUAUCUUCUUUGAAACCAAUCUUUCUUUAGGCAGGAUUCAGAAUAUAUACAGGAAGUGAUAAAACCUUUUGAUUGGACGUUCACAACAGAUUACAGGGGUACAUUGACAGGCAAAAACAAGAUGACCAUGAAGGUAAAAAUCUUUUUUACAUUGUCAUUAAUUAAUACAUAAGUUGUUGUUUUAAUGCACAGACCUAGGGCAUGGGAAGCAGCUUCUUUAAUCCAGCAAAUGGGUACAUUUUUUAAGCACUUGAUCAUGAUAUGCAAAUUGAAAAGAACAUGCCAAUUGACCCAACAGAUACAAUAACAUGACUGUUUACAUUAGAUGUAGUAUAACAGCUCAUCAUGGAAUUUCCUGAGAAGGGCAGUUCUUAAUACACAUCAUUUUGACCAAAAUUUGUUGUAUCAUGUCACUUGCAAUUUUCGAAGGGUUUUUGGGUUUUUCUGUUCUGUCCCUGAAAUCAUUUGAGUGGGGAUGGGGUUCAUGCAAAUCACAACGCAAUGCACUUGCCCUGCUUCACAAGGAAAAACAAAACUGCAAAUGACUCUAAACUACUCAAUAAUAGCAAAGGAAAUCGCAAUGGUGAGUGGAAUUUUUGUCGAUGGGAAGGAGCCAGACAUUGCUUUAUUCAUGCAAGUGGGGUAGAAAUUCAUAAGAAAGAUAAAAAAAGUCUUGGAACAAAAAGAGUCAAUUAUUGCCUGAAACAGAAUGAUCACAGAAACAAACAAAAUGGAUCAAAAUCCACCAAUCACAAACCAUUACCCUUUUGAACUCAUUCAAGUAAACAUCUGUUUCCUAACUGAGAGGUCCGCUAAGAUGAUUGACGGAACAGAAAAACCCAAAAUUCCUUCGAAGUUUGCAAAACGAGCAGUGUGCGGUACAAUGAAUUUUGCUGUAAAGUGUAUUCUUUAGACUCACCAUCGAAGGCAUAAUUGUAACAAAUCAAGUUCUAAUCUAACCUUUGACAGUACAUGUUCUGUCAUGAAACUGCGUUGUGAGGCCGGUCCCCUUCAGCAUGUGCAGUAUGCACCUCUAUUUUAUAAAUGUUUCAGUUUGGAAGCAGCUUCAAUACUUUAUCUCCACCAGAGUGCAGUUUCCUUAUCUUUAUGGCAACAAAUAUUAUAUGGCUUCCAUAGCCUUGUUCAAUGAUCUGUAUUCCUUUCAGGUAGAGUCUACUGAUGAGAGAAUAGAUAUGGAACAGUUGAAAGUCAAAGAAAAGAUCUACUUCUAUGAGGAUGUUAUAUUGUUUGAAGAUGAACUAGCAGAUAAUGGGAUUUCUAAAUUAAAUGUAAAAAUGGUAAAGACUAAAUGUCUUGUAUAAUAUUAUAAAUAAUAACAAAAAAUUGUACAUCAAAAUACUUCAAAUACUUCAAAAGAAAAAGAAAAGUUCAUAUGCUCUUUUUAUCACUUGUAGCUUGAGGGGUAAAGGGUAAGGCAACUCGCCCAUGCACUCCGUUCUUGUGCACAUUACCUGUAUUGUAUUUUUCGAAAGCACCACACAGGCCAGCAUUUCGUCGCAGUCUUUCAUUGUAGAAAUAGAGAGACUUUGAACAAUUAAAACAGUUAGGAAUAUAGUGCCAUGUUCGUACAAAAUAACUUGGAGUUGUAUUGCAGCAAAAAGGUGCUAAUUUUAUGGUAUAAGCAGAGGGGGUGGUGUAAAAUAGGUAUUGUGAAAGAAAACAAAUUUAUUUUCAUAGUCAGUAACAUUAGCAUUGAUAAUAAAUCAUAGAAUCAGUGACUUUGAAGAAAAUACCUGGUUUUCUUUUUUUUUUUAGCGUGUCAUGCAAGGUGGCUUCUUUUUACUUCUGAGGUUUUUCAUGCGAGUGGAUGGUGUCCUUAUUAGAAUCAAUGAUACAAGAAUAUACCACAAGGUAAAAAUAAGUAAAAUCAAACUUUGUCAUCACUCAGAUGGCUACAUCAUAGGAUUUGAUUCACACAAACCCAAAAGUUACAACUACAUGGGACAAUACCCAAAGUAAGUUUUGUGUGCAUGUCAAGAAAAAUCAAGCCUGCACUCAUGAGAUAUUUCACAGAAUGCCACUCGAAAGCACUACAUUACUAGCGUGUACACAAUAAAACACCCUCAUACUUGUCUUAGGAUGCUAGCCUGCGUGCAGACUUCUUUUAUGCACCCAGGCUAUAGGACACUUAUUAUUUGGUCCGAAAUGACCGGCCACACUGGUCCAGCCAUAUCAGUCCGUAAUUUCUAAGAAGUAUGUAAGGUAGCGAUGUGUUUUAAGGAAAACUCAACCAAAACGCUGUAGCUGUCUCAUUCUUUUGUGAGAGAUAUGAAACUUUUAUCAUCUUCCAUCAUUAUGUCUAAAUAUUUCAGGCUGGUUCUUCGUACAUGUUACGAGAAUAUUCCUCAAAAGAAAGAAAAAUGGAAGAAAUCUUGGGACUCAAGGUAUAGUUAUCCUGAAUGAAUGUUACAUUAAAUAUCUUUUUUGUUGUUAUUUAGAAUCCAAUGCACUGAAGACUUUGGUGGCUGUACUUGGGUGGCAGGGGGACCAAGUGGUCAGUGCAUUGGACUCACAAUCCGGUGGUACUUCCUCCAAAUGCCGCUCUGACUUCACCAGCUGCAUUUGUUUAUCGUCCAUCCCAAGAUCAACUCCUUGGCCACGCUUAUGAAAAGCCGACUGAUUGCCUCCUGUAAAUUGUAGUAUUUAAUCUUAUUAUUGAUGUUUUCUUCACAUUAUAUCUUCCAAAUUAUUUGAGUGGAGUGCUGGUAAACUUCAAUUCUGGACAAAAGAAAUUCUAAACAUAGUUUUCCCUUUGGCUUAAAACCUACCUUUCCCCAUUCAAUUUUGGGAGAUUACAGAACAAUUACGCGCACAAACACCUACGUUUUGUUCAACAUUGGGGCCACGGGGCGUGGAAAAAAUAAAACUAUGGGGUAAACAGAAAUAGCCUUUGCAACAAUUUUGACUAUGAUUGUAGCUAGAGCACUACUGCUAUGAUCAAAACAUUUAUCUUAUUUACCAUUUCAUACAUUGGUAUUUUUUAAAUCUAUUUAUUUAUUGCGUUGACGAAAUCCAGUCGUUGGGCAUUCUGUGAUUUCGUGGGCAGCCUGUGCAUAUUCCCAAGCGAGAGAAAUCGUGAAAAACUGGUAAUCGGUGCUGAAUCUGUGCGUCACAAUUAGCAUCAUUAUGUCUCAUUACAAUCAUGCUCAGCGUGUUUCGUACCGUUCCUCGUGUCAGCGAAAACGUGAUUUAUGCCAUACUAUGCCGAAUGAUAUUCAGGUGCAGAAUGUGAUUCAGACACCGGACACAAGACCCAGCUGGACUGAAUGUGGACUAAAUUUUAUUUGAACCUGUCAAAGUCAGCGCGCGCAAGUAACGUGACACCUUUGUUUUGUAUUUUUAUUUAAACGUUAUAUUGCGCGUGCAGUUCCUUUUAAACGAAUAUUUGCGUUGCAUUGUUUCUUCACAAUUUUUAUAACACUUUAGAUUAAUCUUUUUCUUUUCUAAAUAUAUCGUAGAUCAAAGCCUGAUCAGGAAAUUAUUAAUAAUUCAUCGAGUUUUAAGCGAUUCGUAGUGUUUAUCCGACACCUGAUGUAUAUUUUUGCUAAUGAAAUGAGUUUCGGUGUCUAACCAGCCCCAAGGCGACGCCCUGUAAUCUUUGAUUAUUACUAGUUUCUAUAGGUAAUAGCAAGAUUAUUAAAAUCAUGCUAUUAUUUGUUUAUACUACUUCCUGCAAAAGGUUUGUAAUUUUCACAUGUAGGUAUUUCAAGUUAAGCUGAAAUACCACUGCUCUAAGCCAAUCAAAUGGCAGAAAUUUCCCAUGUAGUAGUAUAAGUAUGGGUAAUAGCAUGAUUAGUAGUAAUAUUUUGCAUAAAUACCACGAGUGAUAUUUCAAAAUUGUUAUACGUAAUUUCACGAGCCGUUGGGCGAGUGAAAUUUGAGACAAUUUUGAAAUAUCAUGAAGGUAUUUAUGCCAAAUAUCACGUACAAAUCAUGCUAUUAUUUGUUUAUACUACUACCCGCAAAAGGUUUGUAAUUUUCACAUGUAGGUAUUCAAAUUAAGCUGAAAUACCACUGCUCUAAGCCAAUCAAAUUGCAGUAAUUUUUCAUGUAGUAGUAUAAAUUUAUUUAUUUGUUUGUUUGUUUAGGUUCCUAUCACAGAUCCCACAGAGCUAGCUCAGCAUUUAGUUCUCAAGAACGAAAUAUUUGAGAGACUUUCUUUUCCCGAUGGAGUCGAUGAGAAGUUUGGCGUGGAGCAAUCUGUAAGUCAAGGAUGAAAUUGGCAAGUUCAGUACAUCACUCGACGUUUUACGCGUAAAGCGGUCAAGUAAAAGUAGGAACUGAAUUUGGGUGGACGAGAAGGAAGUGUUUUAAAGAGCGAAAGUCUGUCUUUGUUUUACGCAAGUGGCGCUUGAAUGUUUUGUCGUGGUUAAAGGCGAGAUUAAUUUGAGAUCAACAUCAUAAAGGAAGCUACAUACAUCAUAAAGGAAGCUACGUACACGUUGUAAAACCACCUUCGAAGACUGGAGAAAUGUCGUCUCUAUUCUCCACACGCUAACCGUGAAAAAAGGUGACCGUGGCGAUUGGAAUGCUGACCGGAUUGCAUAUUUUGAUGACAUCUCUCGAUUAUAAUAUCGAACGAUAAAAAGUCGAAAUUUUGUGGAUCCCGUUCUUCAAAAUUCUUAUCUAGUCGAACCUCGCUCAGUGGGACUUUAAGAUCCACGACCGAAGCACCUCUAUGACCUGACUCUAAUUAUUGUUUUCUCCUUUUUGUUUUGUUUUGAUUUUUGUUUUUGUUCUUUUAACAAACGAAAAAAAAAUUGAAAUUUGGCUAAAAUGGCAAAUCAUAUAGUAUCGUUUUCUGGAAUAUUUAACAAUUAUUCCUUGAGCCCGAAUGGGCUCUGAGUCAAUAACCCAUGGGGCCGAAGGCCGAAUGGGCUAUUGACUCAGAGGCCAUGAGGGCGAGAGGAAUAAUUGUUUUAGUAAAAUCCAACUAGUUGGUCAAAAAUAUCGAGAAUGAAAAACUUUUAGCUAGUUAAAGCUUGACUUUAAUCCUUUUUUGCCGCCAAAAAGCCCGCGCUUUUCGCUACUAGUGGGCUAUAAUGUAUAAUAGCCUAGUAGUAGCUCAACCAAUCAGAACGUAGCAUUGAUAAUAGACCAAUAGUUGGAUUUUACUAAAGUAAGACCCUGUUUACAUGAAGUGGGGGACCCCGGUCUAGUGGGGUAAGUUUCUUUUGUUUUGUGUCCCACAGAGCGUAAAAACAAAAGAAACCAACCCCACUAGACCUGGGUCCCCCACUCCAUGUAAACAGGCCCUAAAUUACACAAAGGCGUUAGCGGUAGGUGGCAAUUCUUGAGGAUCGUUUUUGCAUUGUGUAAUAUGUUAUAUGGGGCGGUAAUGAGCGGCUGAAAUGGCUCCGAAACGGUAUGUAAUGACAAGAACACGUUAAUAGAACAUACGACAAGAUAAAGCAUUUUGCUGUACGUUAUACUGCUAAAUUGUACCCUGGGUGCCAGAGACUUCAUGCGGCCGACAACGAAGCAUCACACCGCACGCGAGAAAGGAAACCCCUGGUACCCGCGGUAGCUAAAUUGCGAUUGCUAAUUUAUGAAAUAAUCAUGAUGCUACAAAUAUUUUCACCCGUGAGCUUGAGGCGCCUUUGUAAAGUAGGUAACGUUUCCUCGAUGUGCAUGCGUCUUUCCUAUGACCCUACAAUCACGUGAACGCCAGAGGGCCUGGCACGUGAAGUCCGCGGCGCGUAAAUUCCACGCAAGAGGGGGAGAGUACUCCCCAACCCCCAUUCCUUUUCCCCUUCUUUCCUCUCCUCAAGCCCUUUCGACACUUGCUACAAGACCCUACAAGGCUAAGUGACUACCGACGUGUGCCCUCUCUUCAUUUCUUACGUAGGGCCGUAUCAUUGUAAGAUUCAGGGAAAGGUUUAUGUAUGGUUUUAACGGUAAUUCAAUCAUUUUGCUGGCAAUUCAGAAUUCUGGAUUGUCGUCUGUACAUUACUAAAGUAUUAAUUUCACACAAGCUACCAACCAAACUCGGAUGGUAAAAUUCCGUGUUAUGUAUUAAGUCUGCCCCGGAUUAAAAACGGGAUGGGAUGUUGUUGGGGGGGGGGGGUUGGGUGCGCCCACAAUAUUUUCUUCUGCAUUAACAUGACAAUUACUGACCUCAGUGAUCUGUUUGAUUGAUGGAUGGUUAGACAUCAUUGUGUUAAUCGAUCCCAGUUGCCUUAACGCUGUUUAACCUUUUUAAGCUCCCUUGGCUGCUUUGUGACACGAAAUAACUGGAAACACUCUAUUCUCUGGCAUAUAACAAUUCUUUGCACUUAACAGUCGAAUAUUCUGGAUGAUACACCUGAAAAAUUUUAAAACGUGUCUGAAUUACGCUAUAAAAGUAUGUUUUGCAAAGUGUGAUACCUAUGUCGUAAUGUAUUGUGCAUUUCGUCAUGCUUGAGGCGUUUUGACAGAUCUUGCCAUAUAUAAAUUGUUUGAAAUUGUUGUAAUCUUUCCUACCUUGACGGUGCUGUCGACGGACUUCUUCUGCAGGAAUACUAGAUUAGCGCAAUUUUAGAAUGGAGAACAGGAGUGUUAUGAAAUCACUUUACCAGGUAAGACUUGAAAUUCAUUUCGCUAAGUACUGGAGAGAUAUGUCCUUUACCUGAGAAAUAGUCUGCGAUUAUAGAGGCGGGUGAGGGGGUGUGUUGGAGGUUUGCCAUUUUAAAAAUCAUACGGUUGAACCGUGCUUUAAGUACGCCACGGAAAGUUUUCUUUGCCCCUGGAAAAAGCCCUUAAAUUCAGCCCACCUAAUACGGACGGACACCCGUUAACGUCGACGAGGAACAUUGUCGUCAUAAAAUGUCGUCCUCUUGAAACCUCGCCAAAACGGACAUUUCGUUGACAACUGUGUGCAGCUGUAACAAACAUUUUCUAAAGGUAAAAAGCUUUCGGAUAGUGACAGCAGGUCGAUGUUCACAUUCAUUGCUUUUACUGUAAACGGAAUAAGACGUCAGUUUCUGACUAUUGACACAACUGAAUGAGCUAUGCAGAGCAGGUGCUGGUUUUAAUUAAUAUAAUGUUUGUUCCCUCGGAAAUACUCUGCAGAAUAACGGUUUUGUCUAACUCGGAAAAGAGAUUACUUUACAAUGCAGAUUAUGACCUUUUUUUAUUCACUUAGUACUUUGUUGGCAAUAAAUGGCAUUUAUUUUUACCUAUGAGUGUCCGCCUACCAACGGGGUUCGAAUCGACUGUAUUACUUAUUCCCAAUUAAUAUUUAUGCCAAAAAAGGAAAAGACGUGUACAAUCGACUAGUCUGCAGCAGAGUUUCAGUAUCCGAAAUGAUAAACUUUUUGACUGGAGUUUGAGUGUUCGACUCCAAAGAACUGGUUUAUUGAAUUUUACCUUUGACUGUCGAGACUGUAAACCGAGCCUAAGGGAGUUCUCGCAGUCUUAUUUUUUUCCCCACUCAAGGACAGGAAGCCAUUCCGUGCUCCCAACGUGUUACCGGAGCCUAGAGAUUCCUUUGACCCAGUCAUAAUCCAGUAUUUUUUAAAUCAGUCGCUUAAGUCAACAAAAUCAAGUCAAAACGACUCAAACUACGAAACUACAUUUCAGAAACCGGGAAUGAGUUUGUUAAACAAACGUGCUAGCCUAUACGCUCGCACACUCGAGUUCGUUUUGCCUUUUAUUAUUUUUCUUUGCAUUCUUUCUCAGGUCCAGGAGGUUUGCCUUGAACUAUUAAUGAAUUGAUUAAGGGUGUCAGAGAGCUUUUGAAUAGCCUAUUCAGUUGUGUUUUACGAGUGUUUAGUGAAGUUCUACCCGGGAGUCCAUGUGAAAAGGGGUGAACAGGGGUGUGGAGCUCGUCGGAACUUUGGACUAUGCUAUCUUGGAGACUAGGCCAGGGUGGAAGUGACUCAAUUUUUAUACCUCUAUGAUCUAAGAUACCAUUAAAGACAGAUAACAGAAAAAGAGGUCAAGACUUGACCCGCAUCGUUUUGUUUCAGUUUGUAAAUACUGUGGAGGAGAUGGAAAAGGCCGUUUUGGUUCCUCAAAGCUUGCAAGAUAUGUCUCUCUCUAGCAGUAAUGGAGUGGUCCUGGAGAAGAGUCUUUUUGAAUCAUUCACAGUUCUAAGGAACAUCAAGAAUAUUGUUCUUACUGGUAUGAUCUUUUAUGUCGUAGUUAGAUACACACUAUUGUGCAAAAUAACAAUGUAAGCAGUUCGCCGGCCGUCGAUCUAUAGUCCGCUGUGCCAUAGCCCUUGGUUUCUUUGGGUCACGUGACUUUAAGCCGAGUGGCUCUGGGGACGACAAUGGGGUAGGAGCACUAAAAAAUAGCUUCGAAGAAGAAUACAAAAUCAAUCACGUUUAAACUGAUAAGUGUCUUAUAACAUUUUCUUUUUGCCAUUUUUGACGUAGGUCACGCCUUGGACGACGAAAACGGGAAUACCCCUCAUACCCCAUUCAGCGAUGAGCUAUUAGCCUUAACGCAAACGUUACAAAAGUUGACGGGACUGGCAAACAACUUGACAGCCGAGUAUAAAGAAAAGUUUAAUCUACUCUUCUGA